UUGUGCAAAAGAGUACAUACACGGAUAGACUGUUGCCCAGCACAGAAAGACACAAGAAAAUCGGUAAAAAACACAUUAUAAUACUAUGAAUGAUAUUAAGAAUUCUCCACCAGUAUUUUAAGUUUUUUCUCCCAUCUGCAUCUAAAUUUGUGGACCCUAUGUUUCUCACAAUAAUCCAUGGGAUUGAGUAUAAAAUUGCUAAUCCCGCCAGUCCAAUCACUAUUAUUUUCGCUCGAUUAACUGUGCACAAGGAGCGACGAAGUAGUGGCCACUUGAUCACUAUAUAUCGUUGAACUGUAAAGGCCACUAUAAUCCACACACUUAGGAAACAAAAUUUUACGAAUACCGUCACCAACACUCCAUUGUCGGUUAUCGCAAGUGCACCCAAGAAGAUGCUGGAUGAGUUGUAACGUAGCUUUGUGCAAAAGAGCACACACACGGAUAGAAUGUUGCCCAGCAGAGAAAGACACAAAAAAAUUGUUCACGAAUACCGUCACCAACACUCCAAUGUCGCUUAUCGCAAGUGCACCCAAGAAGAUGCUGGAUGAGUUGUAACGUAGCUUUGUGCAAAAGAGCACACACACGGAUAGAAUGUUGCCCAGCAGAGAAAGACACAAAAAAAUUGUAUCUGUUGGAACCAGUUUUCGAAUUCCAUUACCAGAACACCGAUGUCACUUAUCGCCAGUGCAUCCAAGUAGAUGCUGGACGAGUAGUAGCGUAGCUUUGUACAGAAGAGCACAUACACGGAUAGACUGUUUCCCAGCAGACAAAGACACAAGAAAGUCGUUCCAUCUAAAUGAUGGCGCUUCCACAUUGGAGUUCUGCUGGCAUCAGCAGUUCAGCAGUCAUUCUAAAAUAGGUUAUUUAGUCUAAUAACAAGAAGCUAUUGUAACUGUUUACUUUUUAGUUGAACAAUUAAUCAAGUUUAAUAAUUUAAUCUCGUGGAAGUACAAAAGUUCUACACAGGACACAUCGUGAAACAGUUAUGGAAUCUAAUAAAAGUGAAGUGAAUGAUAUGAAAACAACUAAGAAUGUUUCGAUGGAAAUAGAAGUUGAAAAAUCGACUGAAAAUGACAACUUAGUUAUUAGUGACAAUAGCACUGUAGCACCAGUGAUAAUAGAAGAGUUGGAUGAAAAUGCUAUUAGCUCAAUGGAUAUGGAUCUAAAUGAAUUUGUUGAAGCACAAGCGUUACAAGUACAAGAAGUGAAAGAAAUUCCAAAUUAUACAGGCUCUUCAUCAUGUAGAUCUAACAAAGAUAUAGAUACUGAGGAUCAAGAAACAUCUCUAACACCAGAUGAAGAAGAUCAAUUAACAAAACAGUUCUUAAAUGGAGAGUUGACAUUUAGUGAAUAUUCAUCGAAAAUGGAUCAGGAUAUAGAUAUGGAAACAUUAGAAAAUGAUAAUAUCAGAAAAAAUACAGAGGUUGAUUGUGUUGCUGUGCAAAAGAUUGAACAAAAACCACAUAAAACAAGUAAUGUGCAGGUGCGACAGAAAAAGAAAAGACGUAUUCUGCCACCAGUUUUACAAGGACUUAUGGGAGAAGCAAAUUUAAGAUAUGCAAAAGGAGAAGUAGAUCUAGCAGCUCAAAUCUGUAUGGAAAUUAUUAGACAAGUGCCAAGCGCUCCAGAACCAUUUCAGACGUUAGCUAUGAUCUAUGAAAAUGAUCAACCAGAAAAGUCCUUGCAAUUUGCUUUAAUAGCCGCGCAUCUCAGUCCUAAAGAUGCCGAUCAAUGGGUGAGAUUAGCUAACUUGUCAUUGGAAAGUGGCAAUAUAAAGCAAGCGAUAACAUGUUAUUCCAAAGCGGUUCAAGCCAGUCCAAAGGAUAUAAGUUUAUACGAGACGCGAGCGCAACUUCAAGAACAGAACGGAGAUAAAAAAGCAUACUUACGAGGAUAUACGAAAUUGAUUCAUCAAUUGGAAGCUGAGGAUGGUGAAUAUAUAAUGAAAUAUGCAAAAAUAUUAGCUAAACGUUAUAUGCAAGAAAGUAACAACGAACAAGCAUUAGAAGCAAUGGAAACUGUUUUUGUCAAAUGUCCUAAUCUCAUUACGUUGGAGGAGGUUAAUAUCAUGACAGAAUUGUUAAUAGCACUGAAGCAAUUUAAGAGAUGUUUAGAUAUAUUGAUUAAAUAUACAGAUAUUAAAAUACGAUAUAAGAAUAAUAGGGACACAGAAGGAGAGCAAACGACCAAAGAGACAAAAAAAUCUGAGAAGGAAGAAGAAUUAAAUAAUUUGAAAGGAAAAAUCUUGUCUCCAACAGAAAAUCAAACUAUUGAUGAAAUAGAAUCUUGCGAUGUGCCGGAUAAUGUGGUGGUUGACUUGAAAGCAAAAUUUCUCAUAAUUCUUAUUGAAUUGAAUCACAUUCAGAUAGCUGAUGAACUUUUGCCUACAUUUUACAUGCGAGAGAAUCCAGAAAUAUCUGGAGAUCUUUUUCUAGAUGUGGCAGAAACGCUAAUGGACAAGAAAGAAUUCCACCGUGCAUUGGUUUUGUUGGAUCCGUUAGUUGAAAGUACAAAUUUUAGCUUAGCUGCUGUUUGGCUGAGACAUGCGGAAUGCUGGGUGGGCUGCGACGAUGCAGACAAAGCUAUAAAAUCUUACGAAACUGUCCGGAAAUUGUCACCGCAGCAUUCGGGUGCGAAACUAGCUUUAGCUAAGCUUUAUAAGACGAAAGAAUAUUAUGAUAAGGCAAUAGAAGUGCUUUACCAAGAUCCUGAAUCGGAUACGUUGGAUCCUGACGUUACGUAUCAAAGAACUUUACUACUUUUUAAAGUGGGAAGGUACGAAGAAUAUUUUUCGUCAGGAAUGUUGCUUCUUUCAAGACAUUGUGUUAACAUAAGAACAAAGGUUGAAUUGAAGGCAUUGGCACGCGCAACGGGUGUUCGUCAGCGAAUUGAUAGCUUGCAACUGCGUCGUUUAUCGUGCGGGGAAAAGUUGGAAGAUGAAAACGCUCCAACAUUUAUCGAUAGCGCGAAACCGAGUGAGAAGGAUGAAUUUCUACUUUUUCUACAAAUGUGCAAACUGGCAUGUAAAUUAAAGAAGUAUGGUUUCCUUCAGAGAAUAUGUUUCACCGCUUUGACGUCGAAGAAAUUUAAAAAUAGGAACUCUCAUAUAAUCUUUUUAUGUUUAAUUUCUUGUAUUCAUAAUAAGGAUUCGUUCUACGGAUACAAUAUCGUGCGGGAAUUUGUACGUGUUUGUCAAAGAUCGAACUCGUGGAAUUUAUUGAACAUAAUUAUCCAGAGAGCAGAAGAUUUGAGGCACAACAGAUUCAUAAUGCGAUUACUUGGACGAGAGGAUGUGUUUUCAUAUUUGCAUAUCAUGCAUGCAAAUAAUUGUCUUGUUUCGGGAACAUACAAAUAUGCUUUGAACAGUUACAUUUCUCUCUUUAAAGUGUCACCUAGUGCAUUAUUAGCAUUGCUGAUAGGCGUCACACAAUUACAAAUGGCAUGUCAAAAAUUAUCAGCUAAGAAAAAUCAGCUUGUAAUUCAAGCGUUAGCCUUCUUCAAGAAAUACAUGCAACUACGUGGUAAAGAGGGUCAACAAGAAACAUAUUAUAAUAUGGCGCGAGCGUUUCAUCAAAUUGGAUUGCUACCAUCCGCGAUUCACUUCUACAAGUUGGUCCUAGAAGAAGACCCGGGAGAGUUGGUCAAACAGCACGCAAAUCUUUUGGACCUAAAGAAAGAAGCAGCUUUCAAUUUACAUCUCAUAUAUUUGCAAUCCGAAAAUUAUCUUCUUGCCAGAAUGUAUCUUGAGAAUUAUAUCACUAUUUAAACUUGAAAAUUGACUCAUCUAAAUGUGAUACUAAUGUACUAUUUAUAUUAUAUUAG